AUGUCUACCCCAGCUCAGAACGCCCAUAACAAUGGUCCCAUUGACCACAACGACCUGAACGAGUGGAAGGACCGCUUCAAUGAUGUCCUCGCCCGCCCCAGCGAGCAUGUCAACUCCAAGUCGCCCGAGUCUUCCCAGCCUUGGCAGAACAGCUUUUUCGGAUGCUUUAGCCCCAUCGACCUUUGCGCUAUCACCUGCUGCGUUCCUUGCGUAACCUUUGGCAAGACUCAUCACCGUCUCCGAAAGAACGGUAACCUUCAAGGAUACGAGCCCAUCAACACCUCUUGCCUUCUCUUCUGGGGUUCCACCUGCUUCGGUCUUCACUGGAUUCCUCUCGCCCUCCAGCGCGCCAACCUCCGUGAGAAGUACAACCUCCAGGGCAGCUGCCUUGUCGAUCUCGCCACUGCAUGCUGCUGUGGUUGCUGCGAUCUCAUCCAGCAGGACAAGGAGGCCGAGUACCGUGAGGCUCACACAUCAGCUCCUGCUGAGGGCUACAAGGCCAACGAGGGUAUGACUGUUCCCGCCUAA